AUGUCACUCCCAAGAGAUGUUCAAGAGUUUCUUGCCGGUUAUCCAGGCAUAGAAGACCAUCCAUCUCAGCAUGCCAACUUGUUGUUUUACAGGAAUCAGCUACGGUGCCGACCGGAUAAUCUUUUGGUGGAAGAGAUCCACGAUCAGCGCGUUCAUUUCGUUCACGAUCUCGCAUGGAAAGGGGAUUACAACCUUCUUGAGUAUAAGCACGGUUUUAUACAAUGGCUGUUUCCAAUUCGUGAAUACGGCAUGAACUAUGAGUCGCAACCUUUACAGCUUCAUGAGAGGGACGCCAUGAAGUCCGAUCCAGAUAUUAAACGGCGACUACUGGCGUCAUACGAGCUUAUGCUGGAUUUCUAUGGAAUGCGCCUCCUGGAUCCUGACACUGGACUGUUGCAGAGGUCCCUUCCCCCACGAAACUUCGAAGGGCAGUACAGAAACCUUGUCCGAUCUAUGCACAACAACUUGCGCAUAUCUCGCAUCCUCAAAUGCCUCUCAGAGAUGGAUCUCGAACACCUGAACGCUGGCUUCCUUCUGCACGUUCUCAACGAGCAGAGCGAGAACGGCGAGCUGAACUCUGGGUCCAUCCAGAGCAGCAUGGACAGGUGGUGGGCGAACUGUCUCAGGAAUGAGAACGAGCGCGCGUGGAUAAAACGCGCUAUCCAGAAGGUCAGAACCGACGACAACUUCCAAUUCACUAGAGAAAAGUACGAGGCCGCCCUUCGAUCGCGGUCAGAGUCGGGCGAAUUCGACGAACGAAUGCUUCACUCGGAUCUGGCUUAG